GAAAUCAUUUUAUGCAAAACACAAGUCUCAUUGGUGUGUGCUUCUCAAAAUCCUUUGAACUCAUCAUCUGAAGUUAAAUAAAGUAUCUCACUAUGGCUAUCAAACUGAUCAGUCCCCUUGUUCAAGGUACUAGAAUAUUGAGGAGGUUUUCAAAUUCCGGAGGUGUUCCAAAAGGACAUUGUGCAGUAUAUGUAGGAGAGAGCCAGAAGAAGAGAUUCAUCGUGCCUAUAUCAUACUUGAGCCAGCCUUCGUUUCAAGACUUGUUAACUCAAGCUGAAGAACAGUUUGGCUUCGAUCAUCCAAUGGGCGGUCUCACAAUACCUUGCAAAGAAGAUGUGUUUGUUGAUCUCACAUCCCGCUUGAGACGAUGAAUUGUAUCAAAGUGCAAAUUCUCUUGCAGAGAAAUUUUGUGUAGUAGUAGUAGGACUUAGAUAUUAGAAAGAUGAGACUUAG